AUCAGCCCAGGUGAUGGCUAAUUGCAGGAGUGAGCCUCUGGUUGUUGAGAGCACCUGCUGGCCAGCCCUGGUACUGCAGCCCACAAGGCAGGUGAGUCCCACCACUACUGGCAAGUCCAUUCCUGACAGUACCCCCCUCUCAAGGAGCGGCCUCAGGACACUCUAAACAGUCCUAGCUGGGCAAAAUGUUCCACCGCCCGGGUCCGGUAACUGGCGGGAUAUCAAAGACUGGCACAUCGAGCUGGGCACCGGACAGAGGCACAUCAGGCUGGGCACCGGGCCAACAGGCGGAGCAGCGGGCACCGGGCCAACAGGCAGAGCAGCGGGCACCAAGUCAUCUGGCAAGACAGCGGGUCACCAGGCACGACAGCGGGCACCGGGUCACCAGGCACGACAGCGGGCACCGGGUCACCAAGCAUCGGGUCAUCUGGCAUCAGGUCAUCUGGCUCGACAGCGAGUACCGGGUCAUCUGGCUCGACAGCGGGCACCGGGUCAUCAGGCAUUGGAUCGUCUGGCUCGACAGCGGGCAUCGGGUCACCAGGCCAUCUAGCUCGACAGCUGGCAUCGGGUCAUCUGGCAUCAGGUCAUCUGGCUCGACAGCGGGCAUCGGGUCAUCACGCACGACAGCGGGCACUGGGUCAUCAGGCAUUGGAUCGUCUGGCUCGACAGCGGGCAUCGGCUCACCAGGACCAUCUGGCUCGACAGCAGGCACCGAGUCACCUGGCAUGAUAGGUUCAUCAGGCUGGAUAGAGACAUCAGGCUGGGUAUCAGGCUGGGUA